AUUUUUCUACUGGAUUGCAUGAAUUCCUUGAAGAAUUCGUAUCUAGCCUUGUAACUAGUGUAAAAGUUACUAGAACUCCAAGUCCAGAAAAUUGUACAAGGUUGAUUACUGAUUCUGGUACAACUUCUGUCUCCCGCAUUCCAUUAACUACUCAACAACCAAAUGCCAAUGAAGUUCAAGACAUCAGUUCAGAUUAUACCAAUGAAGCAUCAGAGACACCAAAAGCUAAAACCCGAAGUAAUGAUCUUGUUAAUGAGACUACGGAAGCUUCAAACAUUAAAAAUAAUGCUAAAAGGCGACCUUCAAAAGUAUCUAACAAAGCCAAGACCAAAGAACUAGCGAAGGCUGGAAACAGAGUUAUUAAUGAAAAAGUUUAUUGCCCUAAGGAUAUAUAUUCUCUGCCUCGAUAUGAAUGCUUUCAAUCUCCUCAACUUUGUGAAUAUCCCGACUUAUUGGAUAUG